GGUUGAUUGCUUCCCAGAAUUAAUUCUAGAUGUGUCGUUUUGAUUAAGCUAGCAUAUACCAAAAUAAGGCCAUUAUGGCGUCAGUUUCAGCAGACCUCUCCAUUGGCAAAUUUGUAGCAAUUCUCGAGAGUGAAGCAGCCUCCAUAGCCGGUGUUGGUGGUCAAGUUGAUAAGAUUAAGCGGGAGCUGGAAUUCAUGAAGGCCUUGUUAGCGGAUGCUGAUGAGGGCAACAAAGCACACACACAAGUAGAGGAAGUGUGGAUCAGAAGCGUUCGAGACUUGGCCAAUGAUGUUGAAAACAUCAUUGAUGAAUUCAUGUAUCACGUGUACGAGCAUCAAAUUGGCGGUCGAUUUGCCCGGUGGAUCCACAAAACCAUUCAGUUUCCGAAGCACCUUUGGUAUAAGCGUAAAAUAGCCAACAAGAUACAGAAAAUCGUGAUGGCAAUUAGAGGCUUUACAGAGCGAAAUCAGAGAUAUGGUGGUGGUGCAGCUGUAGAAGGAAAAAGUACUUCUUCUGAGGAUAUUCGCAGAUGGGUGCAGAAUCAAGCGGAGUCUUCUCUUUAUCAUAAGGAGGAUGAACUCGUCGGGAUUGAAGGUGAUAAGAACUUGUUAAUGGGAUGGCUGAUGAACAAAGAGCAACGCCAAACUGUUGCGUCUGUGGUCGGGAUGGGAGGAUCGGGGAAGACAACUCUAGUUGCAAGGACCUUCAAAGAUGAAAUUGUAAAGAGGCAUUUCGAAUGCUAUGCGUGGAUUACUGUUUCCCAGUUUUCAUUUCCAGAUAAACAACUUGGAAGUCGAGUCAUGCUUACAACUCGAAGAGAAGACAUAGCAUCCUCUUCUUUCGGAGUUGAAAGCCAUGUUCACAAGAUUCAACCGUUGGAAAGGGGUGAUGCGUGGGAUCUCUUCAGCAUGAAAGCAUUCUCAAGUUAUCAGAACAAAUCUUGUUCACCUGAACUUCUGCCUUUAGCUCGGGAACUUGUGGAAAAGUGUGAAGGCCUACCACUCGCGAUCGUAGCCUUAAGUGGUCUCAUGUCUUCUAAGAAGUCAAUUACAGAGUGGAGCACAGUCUACAACAGCUUAAGUUGGCAUCUAACAAACAAUUCUUUGUUAGAACCUAUGAAGAUGCGCAUCUUGUUGUUUAGUUUUAAUGAUUUGCCAUACCGACUGAAGCAAUGCUUUCUAUAUUGUUCCCUUUUCCCUGAAGAUCAUGUGAUCAUAAAUAUAAGGCUCAUUAGAUUGUGGAUCGCUGAAGGAUUUGUUGAACAUGUCGAAGGGCUCACGCCAGAAGAAGUUGCAAAGAGCUAUCUUAUGGAACUCAUUUUUCGUAACAUGCUACAGGAAAGGUUUGUAGCAUCCAACCCAGCAUGUACGAUGCAUGAUCUUUUGCAGGAGAUUGCUCUGUCUAUAGCAAAAGAAGAAAAGUUUUGCGCUGCACAUGAUGGGAGUGAAACAGUAGAAGAAACUGGGGCACUCCGUUUGUCAAUUCAAACAACUAAGGGAGAAAUUGGAUCAUGCACAGGUAUAUCACGGCUUCGUUCGUUUCUCGUCUUCGCCACCGGAGUAUCCUCGUUCUCUUUCUCAAAUAAAUUACCUUUUGACCUUAAAUUGUUGAAGGUUCUAGAUUUGAAGGAUGUCCCACUUGAUAAUCUGCCAGGCAAUCUAACGUCCUUAUUCAAUUUAAAAUAUUUAAAUUUGAAUGGAACUCUAAUUAAGGAGCUUCCAGAUUCCAUUGGACAGCUUCGCAACCUUCAGACCUUGAACAUCAUGGGGACAAAAAUAGAGGCACUUCCAAGAGGGAUUUCCAAGUUGCUAAACUUACGCCAUUUACUUGUGGGUGGUGGGUUCAUUUCCGGAAAGAUAUUUGGGUUAAGAAUACCAUCAAGUAUUGGUAAGAUGAAGAAAUUGCAAUCUUUGGCGUAUAUUGAAUCAGAAGGAAACAUUAUUAGACUUAUUGGAAGUAUGACCCAGCUUACGUUCCUUGGCAUUACAAAUGUGAAAGAAAGAGACGAGGAGGACCUAUGUGCCUCAAUUCAAGAGAUGAAGGUCCUUUCCCGCUUGUAUUUAACUGUAGCUGAUGGAGAGGAAUUUCUUCGAGUUGAGGCAUUGCCUUCACCGCCUCCCUACCUUGAUAGACUUAAACUGGUCGGCAAACUGGAAAAGGUACCACAUUGGUUUUGUUCACUCAACUGUCUCGCAUAUUUGAAUCUGUGUGGGUCCAGACUUGAAGAAGAUUUACUACGUCAUAUUGAAGCGUUACCCUCUCUACGUUCUCUUUUUCUUAAAGAUGCCUCUGUUAGGAAAGAGUUAUGUUUCAGCAGAGGCUUUAUGAAGCUUCGUCAUUUGUGGUUUUGGGAUCUCGCAUUAUUAAAUAAGAUAACUAUAGAAAAAGGGGCGAUGCCAAAUCUUGAGUUCUUAAGCAUUGAUAGUUGCUUGACAUUAGAAACAUUGCCAGAGGGUAUUGAGCACCUUACUAAACUACAACAAUACAAAUUUCGUAAUGUUUCAGAGAAGUUUAGAGAAUCCAUAAAAAAAGGAGGUGUGGAUCAUCCAAGGAUGCUACUCGUCGACGAGAGAUGUAACAAAUAUACAAACAACUACUGGGAUUGAAGAUUUUACCAUGAGUUUGGGGGUGGGAACUUGGGAACUUGUUCGUCUUGUUUUGACCCCAAGAGUGAUCUAGAUCGGCUUCUUAUUUGCUCUUUUAAAAAUCAAAUAAUACCCAACUUGAUGUUCAUAAAAUUGCAGUUGAUGUUUUUUGUGUGUGUUUUAAUUUGCAUGCAAAAAAAUUCGAGUUUGCAUCUGUCACUUCAGCAAUUGGCAGAUGUAUGUCGAUGAUUAGCCUUUAAGAUUUGGACCACGGAUUCUGUUAUAUUCGGCGUGUUUGUACUUUCUUCAAUGUUAAUUGUGUUUGUAUUUUCAGGUUUUUUU